ACGCCUGAGUCUCCACGUCCCCCCGUGCGGCUCCUUAACCCCCCGAGCGCGGGUUGCUUUGGCUUUGCUCCAUCCGGGCUUUUUCCGCUUGGCUUCGGUCGGAUCUCCGCCCGCCCCCCCCCCGGCUCUUCCGUUAGCGAGAGCGCGGCCGGGGGCGUCGGUGCCUCCGCAGCCGCUGCUGGGGAAAUGUCCGGCCCUGGGGCAGCCGCGGCCGCCGGAGGAGCGAGGAGCGCGACGGCGACGGCGACGGCGACUGCGGAGUGGGGAGCCUUCGAAGACAACAUGCAGGGUGGAGGCUCUGCUGUAAUUGAUAUGGAAAACAUGGAUGAUACCUCUGGCUCUAGUUUUGAAGACAUGGGAGAAAUGCACCAACGCAUGAAGGAAGAGGAGGAAGUAGAUGCAGAAGCAGCUGCUGCAGAUGAAGAAGAUGGAGAGUUCCUAGGAAUGAAAGGUUUCAAGGGGCAGUUGAGUCGGCAGGUAGCUGAUCAGAUGUGGCAGGCUGGGAAGAGACAAGCCUCAAAAGCCUUCAAUCUCUAUGCUAAUAUUGAUAUCCUCAGGCCCUAUUUUGACGUUGAGCCAAACCAAGUUCGGAACAGAUUGCUGGAAUCCAUGAUACCUGUCAAGAUGAUCAAUUUCCCCCAGAAGAUAGCUGGUGAGCUUUAUGGUCCUCUCAUGCUAGUCUUUACGCUGGUGGCUAUUUUGUUGCAUGGAAUGAAGACAUCAGAUACUAUCAUUAGGGAAGGUACAUUGAUGGGCACAGCAAUUGGCACCUGCUUUGGUUACUGGAUAGGUGUUUCCUCCUUCAUAUAUUUCUUGGCAUACCUAUGCAAUGCUCAGAUCACCAUGGUCCAAAUGUUGUCACUCCUGGGCUAUGGACUUUUUGGGCACUGUAUCACCCUAUUUGUCACCUACAAUAUCCAUCUUCACUCCCUUUUUUACAUUUUCUGGCUGGGAAUUGGUGGUCUCUCCACACUACGAAUGGUUGCUGUGUUGGUAUCACGCACAGUGGGACAUACCCAGCGACUCAUCUUGUGUGGAGCACUUGCUACCCUGCACAUGCUCUUCCUUCUUUACCUGCACUUUGCUUAUCAUAAGGUCGUGGAAGGCAUUCUGGACACAUUGGAAAGACCCAACAUUCCUCCCUUUCAGAGAGUUGCCAGAGACAUUCCAGCCAUUUCUUCUGCUGUAAUGAAUAUAACAAACAAAGCAGUUGCUGCAUAGACCUAGCCUUACAGACUGGUGUGCUCACCCUGUUUUUCAUUGGCUGCUGUUACCACAAUAAAUGGACAAAAUAACAGCAGAAGUAAUUGGCUUAUCGCAGAUUUGCUUUUGGAAGAAGACUCCAAAGACAUUUCAGAAGAGCUGCCUCUGUCCAACUUUGGCCAAAGUGGAUUGGAUAGAACCUUCCUAAUGGGCCCUCUAUAUUUAACUGGGAUUGCAUAAGUCACUCUUUUCCUCCGUAUAUUCUUUGUGCUUGCUUUUGUCUUUUUAGACUAUGUGUAUCUUCUUUGUCAAGGGAAGAAUUAAAUUAAAUGGAUAUUG